AUGGAGGAAUAUCAAUUGGUUACAGCUACUGUGAACAGAAAAAUUUUGGAUCCUUUUGUUGAGAGGGAUGUUAGGGGGUUUCCGUUGAUUGAGGAGAUCUCUUUUAAUAUUGUGAGGAGUUUUCCGGUGGAUGAACAGUACGAUGGAGUGCAGAAUCUUACGUGGAUGAUUUCGAUGGCAUGGUGUAUAUACGGCAACUGGGAAUUCUGGCCACACGUAAAAUCCCAACAUAGAACGUAUGUAAACCAAGCACUCGAAGAACCCAGCCAUCCGCGACACAAAAUCAUCCAGGAACUCAACACCACACGAAAGGGAAAGAACAAUCUAAAUCUGAAAGAAAGAUUAGGAAUACCAUAUUGUGCGAUCUGUCAUGAAGAUAUCCAACAAAUCACCGCCGAUAUCUACGGAAUCUUACUCGUAGUAUUUACAUACCAAGCAGAGGGCGGUGCGAUCGAAAGACCCGGAACGGAAGUCGAUCAAUCGGAGCGUCAUUACGCGCCUACGAUUAGGGGGGAUUUCAACCGACCUCACAAAUUCAUCCGAUUAUCUAUCGGGACUAUACCGAGGAAAUUCCAAGAACAUCUUGACGCGUAUCUCUUUCCGAUAUGGCAGAUUUACGAGCCCAUGAUACCUAACAUGGACGACGGCGCAGCAGCUCGGGCUUCCGAUUUCAAAUACAUUCGGCCCUCAUAUGCUAAUACGAAAGCAUCACUGCCGGAAGACGGGACGCCGGAACUGUGCAAUGGGGGUAAACAUCCUUGGAGACGGAUUUGGGGGGAUAGAGGGAGUAUUCCUCCUGGGCUUACGCAGCCUGGGCUUUGGGCUGGGGGGAUUCCGUUGCCGAAAGCGUGGUAUUUGAGAAUUGCUUUGGGGUGUACAUUUACUCGGGGAGAUCCGGAUGAUGCGGCGGAAUGGGAGGUUGAAGAUGAGGAUUUGGAGUGGAAGGGGAUAAGACCCGAUGUGAUCAAGGAGGUUAAGAAGGAAAUUGAGGUUAUUGAUUUGGAUUCUUAA